AUGCGAGGCUGCAAGAUCUUCAACGCUUUCAAAGUGGGUUGCGAUACUUCUGGUGCCCACCUCGCCGACGCGGCGCCGGCGUCGGAGGACGAGACAGGCGAGGAGACGGGCGGGUGCCUGGUCCUCAGCUGCCCUUGCUUCCGCGCGGAGGCCGGGGGGGAGGCGGAGAGGGGUAUCGGGCAGCACCGGGGGUCCCUGGCCGGCUUCCACUGCCCCAACAUGGCCGUCUCCAUCCUGGAGGAACCUCGCGAAAGUUACGGGCAGAGGACCACCCGCGCCGGCCACGCCAUCGAGUACGCCGACCUCGGGGCCUGUUACUACCGCAAGCAUUUCUACGGCAAGGAGCACCAGAAUUUCUUCGGGGUGGACGACCAGCUUGGGGCUGUGGCCAUCUCCUUGCGGCGGGAGGAGAAAGAGGGGAGCGCCGGCCCGCAGUUCAAUUACCGCCUCAUCAUACGGACGAGUCAGCUCCGGACUCUACGGGGAUCCAUCCUGGAGGACGCCCUCCCCCUGGCCGCCCGCCACGCCACUCCUCGUGGCAUCCCGCCCAAGAAGCUGCUGGAGCAUGUGAUGCCCGAAUUGAACCUCCAGUGUCUCCGCUUGGCCUCCAGCUCCCCAAAAGUCCCGGAGACGUUGCUGAAGCUCGAUGAGCAGGGGCUCAGCUUUCAGCGGAAAGUCGGCGUGUUAUACUGUCAAGCUGGGCAGGGCUCCGAGGAGGACAUGUACAACAACGAAGAAGCGAGUCCGGCUUUCCAGGAGUUCCUGGACCUUCUGGGCGACCGGGUCCGCCUGCGAGGCUUCGAGAAAUACCGGGCGCAGCUAGACACCAAGACCGAUUCCACGGGGACCCACUCCCUUUACACCACAUACCAGGACUACGAGAUCAUGUUCCACGUCUCCACCAUGCUUCCCUACACCCCGAACAACCGCCAGCAGCUGCUGAGGAAACGCCACAUCGGGAACGACAUCGUCACCAUCGUUUUCCAGGAGCCCGGGGCCCUCCCUUUCACGCCGCGCACCAUUCGCUCUCACUUCCAGCACGUCUUCAUCGUGGUGAGGGUGCGGGAGGCGUGUAAAGACCACACGACUUACAGCAUGGCGGUCAGCUGUACCAAGGACAUCCCGCCGUUCGGCCCCUUCAUCCCCGCCGAGAACUGCUUCCGGAAGGGCCCAGCUUUCCGGGACCUCCUGCUCGCCAAAGCCAUCAACGCGGAGAACGCGGCCGAGCGGUCGGGGAAAUUCCACGCCAUGGCCACCCGCACCCGCCAGGAGUACCUGCGGGAGCUGGCGCUCAACCACGUCACCACCAGCACCCUGGAGGCCUCGUCCUCCCGCCUGGCGCUCAUCGCUUUGGCCGCCAAGAAGCGGGAGAAAUCGAAGGCGCCCAAAGGGGCCGAAGCGCACAGCGCCGGAGCCUUGGUGUGGGGCGUCUGGGCCCGGGACGGUAGCCGGGGAACGGAGAACAAAGCUCCCGAGAUCCGGUGCCUGCUUGGCAUCUCCGCGGAGUUUCUAGUCCUCAUUGACGCCCGGGAGAAGAGGGUGGUCUUUAACUGUUCGUGCAGGGACAUCCUGGCGUGGACUUUCUCAGAGACCUGCACGUUGGACCUCUACUAUGAGACGGGGGACUACAUUUGCAUGAGGGUCGAGGAGGGCCAGGCGACAGACAUCCGGGACAUCGUUCAUCGGCUUCAGCUGGUGACCCGAGGGUGCGAAACCCGGGAGCUGACGCUGCUGCGGAACGGCGUCGGGCAGCUGGGCUUCCAGAUGGACCACGAGGGGUUCGUGACGGAGGUGGAGCGCUUCACCUUUGCCGAGAAGGCCGGGCUCCAGCCCGGGGCUCGGCUGGUGCGUGUCUGUGAAAAGCCGCUGCCCGGCUUAAGCCACGCCCAGACCACGGAGCUUCUUCGUACGGCCAAGAAGGUCACGAUCACCGUCGUGCCGCCCGACGAGAACGGCAAACCCAGGAGGAGCUUCUCGGAGUUGUACCAAAAAUCGUUGCAAGAGAAGAGGCGAAGCGAGCCGCCCGCCGGGGAGACGGAGCUGACCCGGCCGGAGAGCGACGCGGGAUUCAAACCCGCCACCCUCCAGCUCCUGCACUCGCUCUCCUUGCAGGACGGGCCCCCUCACAGCCUGGCAGAAGAAAGGACCGAGUUUUUGCGCAGCCACAGUGACCGGAACUCAGGGCCUCCAGACCCGAUACCAUCUCAGGAUGUCCAUGAAGUGCCCAAACCUCCCCCGGAUCUCAUCUUGGCUGCAACCCCCAAGCCCUUCCCAGAACAGGAGACAGAGCAUCCGGACGAUCCCGUCGUGACCAGGAAGGUCCCCGUCACAGACCCAGAAGGCCAAGGGUCCCUGCCCUCCGGGGGAAAGACCUCUCCCCCUUUCGAGCCCAUCGAAUCCGACAAGUUCCUGCCCCGGACGCUUUCCCUGCGGAAUUCCAUCAGCAAAAUCCUCUCCGAAGCCGGCGAGUCCCUGGAAGACGAGUGGGAAUCCAUCGCCAACCUGGCGUCGGCCUGCAACAGCAUCCUCGAAGCUCUUUCCCGGGAAGGCCAACACAUCCCAGAAAACCGGGAUCCUUUCUGCACCGCCGUCCCGAGAGGGGCAAGUCAGCCGCAACACCACGAAGAGUCCCGGCAUGAUCUGAGCCUGGCCGACAAGGUCUUGCAUUUGGAAUCGACCCUCAAGAAGCUGCAGGAAGACCUCCAGAGGGAGAAGGCGGAGAAGGCCGCCCUGCAAGCCGAAGUGCAGACCCUACAGCAAAACACGCAGCGGCUGAAGGAGGCCUCGGAGACGGCCGCCGCGCGGCUCAGCCAGGUCACGCAAAUGCUGGGCAGCCCCCCAACGCCGCCCCACUGCCCCUGACGUCUCCCGGAGCCGUCUCCUCUCCCUGCACUUCCUCCUCCUCCUCCUCACCCUGGUAGACCUCGGAGCAGGUCCCCUGUUUCGGCCGCUUCCACAAUGGACGUGGGGCUGAAGCAAAGACAUUUGACCAACCGGUUGUGUGGGUGUGUUUGUACCCCAUUCCUCACCCCCGCACGCACACACACACCCCUAAAAGGAACUCUCUCUGUGUGAGUCGGCCUGGAGGGGUUGCCGGAUAUUUCAAGACGGGUCUGUUUCCCUCCCUCCGGCUCCCAAAAGCGGACAAGCCUGCGCCCUGGUUAUUGAGGCGCAACCACCAGCUUCGUUUCCACAUCUGGCGCGCCUUUCCUCAUUCCCCGUGCCAGCCUGAGACCCUCUCCGGAAACCCCGGGCUGGAAAUUUGUCGUCCUGCGUCCGUUUUUUUCCUACUCCGUGACUCUUUUGGUCCAGGGACGCUUCCUUCCUGUCACAGGGAGAAAUAAUAAUAAUAAUAAUAAUU